AUGAUGAUUACUACGGAUAUAGUUUUCAUCCUAAAUAUCAAUACGUUAAAUUCAACGGUACCUGAGAGUGAGACGACCACGACAAAGACACAUAAACUGGUGAUACCCUUCCUGGCCACACCGAAAUGGAAGACAAUGAUGGACUGGAGAAGGCUACGCCAAGAUACAGGGAUAGCAGACGAAAUAAAUAAACGGAAGUUAGUACCAGGACCACACCAUUACGCGUCGUAUGAGAAAACUCCAGUUAAUAAAAUUUCAUCAGCCGACGAAAUCAAAAAUUUCGGCAAUUUAUUUUUUGUGUAA